UAUACACUUUAGUCUCAUGUUUUUUCCCCACCAUUUCAUGCAAAUGGAUUCCAAUUUUCACUCAUAAGCAAAACUAUCCUAAUCUUCAUCUUUACUUCUCCAAUGUGUGUAUAUAUACACCUAUCUCCAUUACAUCUUUUCAUCAACAAAAUCACUAAAAAAAACCUUCUUUUCUUUGUCCUCUAAUGGAACAUACAAAAGUUACAAAAUCCUUUGGUUGUUUCCCACCAAAGGGUCUCAUGUUAAGGCUAAGCAGUUUUCGUUCAAAAAGUAACAACAACUCAAACAUUACUUCCCCAACAUUAAUGUCACCAAAAUCUCCAAAACCUAGUAUCAAGUACAAUACCAACAACCGAGAGCAAGAGUUUAGAUUAGUUUUUGCGCGUUUUGAUGCGGAUAACGAUGGAAAGAUAUCAGCUUUAGAGCUUCGGUCAUACUUUGGGUCGAUUGGAGAGUACAUGUCACACCAAGAGGCUCAGGGUGUGAUCGAUGAAUUGGACACCGAUGGGGACGGGUUUAUUGAUUUUAAAGAUUUUAUGAAGCUGAUGAAGGUGAAUGACGAUGAAAGGGACGAUAUGAGGGCCGCGUUUGAGAUGUUCGAGUAUGAGAAAGGGUGUGGGCAGAUUAGCCCAAAGAGUUUGCAGAAGACAUUGAGUCGACUCGGGGACCCGAAAACGUAUGAUGAGUGUUUGCAGAUGAUUAAAAUGUUUGAUACUCAUGGCAAAGGGGCUGUUGAUUUUAAUGAGUUUCAACAGAUGAUGACGGCUUAAUUCGUAAAAUGAGUUGUGUGUCAAUAAACAUAAAUGUAAAUAAACCGAAGGUAUUUAUGAGAACUUAUUCAUGCUUGGGGAUUUUGA